GAUUUUCUAGUCUCUUUUGAGUCGUGGUAGCCUUGAACUUGCCUGCCAGUAUUCAAUCGUACAGCGCACAAUGUUAUCACACAACGUCAGAGAUAGCGAUAAGAUGGAGAAGUCUUCCAUAAUUUGAUGGAAGUGGUUGUUAGUCAUAACACUGAAUCUGUGAUCUUUGAUGCCAAAAUACUGUGGUUGAUUUGGUGUCGCUGUGUCGCAUAAGAUGAUAAGCUAUGCCUUUUAUCGUUAGAUAAUUCAUUUUUCUCCACAAUGAUCUCGGAAAAAUCCUUGCGGAGUCGUUAAUCGUGUCUUCCCCUAACCGUUUGCGUCAUGAAGAAAUAUUUGAUCUGUUUGAGUGUGGUGGUGUAUUAUUUCUUCCUGGUAUCGUGGCUGCUUUCUGUCGCUGCAACCGCGUCGAGUGCGCUGUCGCGUCUCGCGCAGAACACUAAGGAGAUAGACGGGAAUUUCGGGCAGGAAUACUCCGGACAGGUGAACGCCGAUGCCACGGAUAUUUACCAUUUUAACUACACGCGCCUGGAGAAUGAGACGGACGCGAUUCGGGUGCUGGUGUCGAGCAGGAAUGCUGUGGAAAAGUAUCCCCUUCUUGUCGUCAUCAAGCAGCAGCUAGGUGUUUUAAGCUGGCAGAUCCCGCUGCUGGCCGAGCGCAUCUACCCGUACUGGCACACCGGACGGACACUGUGCCCGACCAUCAACUACCGGGCCGAGGACGCCAACAGCAGUCUGAGUAACGCGACGGUGCAGCAGAACAUCUACAUGGAGAUCUCCUCGGCGUCGAUGAACAGCACCCAGUACACGCUGACCGCCUCCCCCGUGCGCGACUUCUUCAUCAACCGCACGCAGCCGCUGUACCUCAACGUGACGCCCUCCAUGCCGCAGUACGUGGAGUACCUCAUGCCCGAGGGGAUCGACCGCGUGCUGGUGCAGAUGCGGGCGUUGGAGCCGCAAAAGUACUGCUCGUACUUCUCCGUACAACCGGUGCAAUGUCCCGUGGCCGAUUUGGAAUCGGAGCUAAGGAUCGAAGGAAUUUAUCAGACGGUGACAUCGAAGGGCGCCAUCGUCGUCACCCGCUCGCAGUAUUCGCGCUUCUACGUGGUGAUCACGGUGAAGCCGGUGGACUUCUUCUGUCACGCCAUGGAGGACAUCCAGCCGACCAUCAACAGCAGCAGCGCCUACUACGACCGCGUCAAGCAGGUGGAGCUGCUCAUCAUCCCCACGCUGGACACGCGCGGAUACCUUCUAGCCAUCUUCGCCAUGGUCGGCUUCUUCCUGGGCUUCUACGUCAUCACGUGCGGCCUGCUGGCCGGCAACAUCCUCCACGGGCGCUGUACACGCUCGCCCGCCACGGGCGGCAGUAAAGUCUUGAACGAGCUGGAGAAGGACGUGGAGGGGGAGCCGAUUCCGCGGCCGGAAGGCGCGGAGCCGGCGCUGCGCGGUAAAAGCGGGCAUGAUGACGCCACGGUGGAAGAGCAGCCGGGCGGCAGUCGCGACGAGGCCGUCGGGAAUGAUGACGACUCGGAGGUGAUCCGACGCGCCUCGGACUCCUCCCUGGAGUCGCUGGACGUGGAUUUCGUCCAGGAAGUGGAGGACGAUAAGAAUAUUAUCCGUUCCAAAGGCCAGCUGUGUGUGGGGGAUCUGACGCGGAAGACGCGGAAGCGGCUGUCGAAGAAGGACCGACAGUACCGCUGGUCCAUGAUCACCAUCUGCAUCUUCUACGGGCUGCCCGUGGCGCAACUGGUGGUCACGUCGCAGCGGGCGCUGCACGACACCGGCAACGAGGACCUCUGCUACUACAACUUCGCCUGCUCCAAUCCCGUCGGCAUGGUCGUCGACUUCAACCACGUCAUCAGCAACCUGGGCUACGUGCUCCUCGGCAUCUUGUUUAUCCUCCUGGUGCGCCGUCGGCAGCGUCAGCGUUCCGCAGCGCGUCACGCCAAUCCCCCGGCCAAGGGGGACGUGGAGAACGGCGUCCCGGCGCAGUUCGAGUUAUACUACGCCACGGGGUUGGCGUUGAUGAUGGAGGGCCUGAUGUCGGCCAGCUACCACAUCUGCCCCAGCUACAGCAACUUCCAGUUCGACACCUCCUUCAUGUACUUGAUCGCCGGCCUGGGCAUGCUGAAGAUCUACCAGAACCGGCACGCCGACGUCCUGCCCAACGCCUACAUGGCCUACGCCUUCUUCGCCUUCAUCAUCCUGGUGGCCAUGCUGGGCGUGGUGUACGCUAGUAUUUAUGUGUGGAUUACCUUCUCCGUGGCGCUGAUUAUUGUCUCCUGUAUGCUCAGCGCGCAGAUCUACUUUAUCGGCCGGUGGAAACUGGAUUGCGGGAUGUUCGGACGGAUCUGGCUGCACUGGCGCACGCACGGCGUCAUCUCCCGGCCCGGCCAUGUGGACCGCUUCGUGCUGCUGCUGAUGGUCAUCGUCAUCAACUGGACGCUGGCCAUCAUGGGUCCCCUGUGGCAGCCCAUGGACUUCGCCUCCUACAUGCUGGCCUGCUUCCUGGCCAAUCUCAUGCUCUACCUGCUCUUCUACUCCAUCAUGAAGCUCUUCCACGGCGAACGCAUCAGCCGGCUGACCAUCCUCUUCGCCCUCGGCGCACUGCUCGGCUGGGGCGGCAGUCUCUACUUGUUCUUCCAGGGUCCGAUCAAUUGGCGUCUGACGCCGUCGCUGUCGCGGGAAGUGAACAAGACGUGUUUUUUAUUGGACUUUUACGACCAGCACGACGUGUGGCACAUGGUGUCGGCGGUGAGCAUGUUCUUCUCCUUCAUGACCAUGUUCACGCUCGACGACGAUCUGCUCAACACGCCGCGCGACCAGAUACCCGUCUUCUGAUCAGCACCAACCGUGGGGCGGCCUUUGUAAUUUUUUAUAAUUUAAUAUACAGUUGAUUUCGGAUUUUAGUCAAUGUUGUUUCGUUGUGUUUUUUUAAUUUCGUUCCUGCUCAAGGCGUUCUCGUUAUCUGUGAUAAUGGUAUGCACAGUUGGCAUGUACACGCUGUUGGUUGAUUCUCUGUGAGAGAAAAAAUAAACAAUCA